AUGUUUGCAAUAUUCAUUUGUAUUUAUUUGAAUGACAAUGAUGUGAUGGAAUUCAUGAAGAAAAACUAUCCGAAAAAUAUAGAAAUUGUGAAAAUUCCCGGGAUUUAUAUUAUCGCCAACAAUACCAUAAUUGCUGUAUGUUGUUUAUCAGCAGUCGGAGUGUUCAUCGCUAUAAUAAUUGUAAGUUCCGAUGUUUUUGUUUCGUUGUCGUAUGUUUUUUCCACAAUACAAAAUUAGUGAUUCACAGCUUUACAUAUCAAUUUGCUAUCGUAUUUUCGAUCAAGUUAGAUCACAACAAAACAAGAUGAGCAGAAUUCAAAAAAAUCACCAAAGAAAAGUUUUGAUAGAAUUAUCAAUUCAAACGAUUAUAAAACUUCUAUCAGUUGGAAUUUACGCAUUUUGGUGGGCAUUUUUAUUCGUUUUCCGUCCAAACGGUAAUCUAAACUGUGAGUCUGAUGAAAGCAUAUAGCGAUGUAUAUAAGAGUGUUACAGUUUUCACGCUUAUUUCUCACACAACUUUCGUUGCUGCUCCAAUUCCUGGAACACUUUUCAUGUUAUUCAAACACCCGACAUAUUUUCGAAGAUCAAAAAUAAAAUCGAUCACUUCUACAAUAAUGUUCAUGAGAUCUUCAGUUGUUCAUCAUCAAUAA